GCUCUCCCGCCUCCGGGUCUCGCCCCAGGCUGCCCGGGGAGGCGAGGACCCCAGGUCCAGCAGCUGGACAUGGAGACCCAACGCUCCUCACCUCUGUCCUUCCCCAGUGUUCUGCAAGAAGAGACCCCACGUCAGGCCCCUGCUGGACCCCCCCGAGAAACUCUGUUCCAAUCGCGUGUUGUUCCCCCCAAAGAAAUUCCUUCUUCGUCUCCCCCCAUUCCCCGACAAGCCUCCCUGCCCCAAACUCCCAAGCUAGAGACCUCUGGCCGAAUGCCACACGUUCUCCAGAAGGGACCCUCACUCCUGUAUCCUGCCGCUUCUGAGCAAGAGACUCGUCUCCAGGGUCGCCCGGCUUCUCAAGAAGAGACCCAGUAUCUGCCCCCAGCUGCUGCUGAACAAGAAAUAUCACUUCUGUCCCACUCCACCCCCCACCAAGAAGCCCUCCUCCACUCGCCUGAAGUUCCUGAGAAAGACCCCCUGACCCUGUCCCCCACAGUUCCCGAGACCGACAUGGACCCCCUCCUUCAGAGCCCAGUUUCCCAAAAAGACACCCCCUUCCAGAUCUCUUCGGCAGCCCAGAAGGACACACCGCUCCCAACAGCAGAGAUCACCCGCUUGGCCGUGUGGGCUGCCGUCCAGGCCGUGGAGAGGAAACUGGAGGCCCAGGCCAUGCGGCUCCUGACCCUGGAGGGGCGGACGGGGACGGCCGAGAAGAAGCUGGCGGACUGCGAGAAGACGGCCGUGGAGUUUGCAAACCAUCUGGAGAGCAAGUGGGUCGUGCUGGGGACCCUGCUGCAGGAGUACGGGCUGCUGCAGAGGCGGCUGGAGAACAUGGAGAACCUGCUGAAAAACCGAAAUUUCUGGAUCCUGCGGCUGCCCCCGGGCAGCAACGGAGAAGUUCCCAAGGUCCCUGUCACCUUCGAUGAUGUCGCCGUCCAUUUCUCAGAGCAGGAGUGGGGGAACCUGUCGGAGUGGCAGAAGGAGCUCUACAAGAACGUGAUGAGGGGCAACUAUGAGUCUCUGGUUUCUAUGGACUAUGCAAUUUCCAAACCAGACCUCAUGUCGCAGAUGGAGCGUGGGGAGAGGCCGACCAUGCAGGAACAAGAGGACUCCGAGGAAGGCGAGACGCCCGCGGAUCCCAGUGCUGCACACGACGGGAUCGUGAUUAAGAUCGAGGUGCAGACCAACGACGAGGGCUCGGAAAGUUUGGAGACGCCGGAGCCCCUGAUGGGACAGGUGGAGGAGCAUGGCUUUCAGGACUCCGAGCUGGGCGACCCGUGUGCGGAGCAGCCAGACUUGGACAUGCAAGAACAGGACAACACGCUGGAAGAGUCCACCGAAGGCUCCAGCGAGUUCAGCGAGCUCAAACAGAUGCUGGUGCAGCAGAGAAACUGCGCAGAGGGGAUCGUGAUCAAAACCGAGGAGCAGGAGGAGGAGGAGGAAGAGGAGGAGGAGGACGAGCUGCCGCAGCACCUGCAGGCCCUCGGGCAGCUGUCGGGGCGCUACGAGGCCGGCAUGUACCAGACCCCGCUGCCCGGGGAGCUGUCCCCCGAGGGCGAGGAGAGCCCCCCGCCGCUGCAGCUGGGCAAGCCGGCCGUGAAGAGGCUGGCGCCGCCGACGCACGGGGAGCGGCACCCGGGCGACAACCGCGGCUCCUCGAGCCAGCAGCAGCGGAACCGGCGCGGCGAGCGGCCCUUCACCUGCAUGGAGUGCGGCAAGAGCUUCCGGCUGAAGAUCAACCUCAUCAUCCACCAGCGCAACCACAUCAAGGAGGGGCCGUACGAGUGCGCCGAGUGCGAGAUCAGCUUCCGCCACAAGCAGCAGCUCACGCUGCACCAGCGCAUCCACCGCGUCCGCGGCGGCUACGCGUCCCCCGAGCGCGGGCCCGGCUUCGCCCCCAAGCACACGCUCAAGCCGCGCCCCAAGUCGCCCAGCUCGGGCAGCGGCGGCGGCGGCCCCAAGCCCUACAAGUGCCCCGAGUGCGACAGCAGCUUCAGCCACAAGUCGAGCCUGACCAAGCACCAGAUCACGCACACGGGCGAGCGGCCCUACACGUGCCCCGAGUGCAAGAAGAGCUUCCGCCUGCACAUCAGCUUGGUGAUCCACCAGCGCGUGCACGCGGGCAAGCACGAGGUCUCCUUCAUCUGCAGCCUGUGCGGCAAGAGCUUCAGCCGCCCGUCGCACCUGCUGCGCCACCAGCGGACUCACACGGGCGAGCGGCCCUUCAAGUGCCCCGAGUGCGAGAAGAGCUUCAGCGAGAAGUCCAAGCUCACCAACCACUGCCGCGUGCACUCGCGCGAGCGCCCGCACGCCUGCCCCGAGUGCGGCAAGAGCUUCAUCCGCAAGCACCACCUGCUCGAGCACCGGCGCAUCCACACGGGCGAGCGGCCCUACCACUGCGCCGAGUGCGGCAAGCGCUUCACGCAGAAGCACCACCUGCUGGAGCACCAGCGCGCGCACACGGGCGAGCGGCCCUACCCCUGCACGCACUGCGCCAAGUGCUUCCGCUACAAGCAGUCGCUCAAGUACCACCUGCGGACCCACACGGGCGAGUGAGCGCGCCCGCCGCCGCGCCGCCCGGCCAGGUGCGCCGCCAGCUGCGCGGCCCGGCCCG